GUCGCAGCUGAGGAAAUGAAUCUGUUUCCUCAUCAUAUUGUCAACCAUGCCUCCUCACCGAGACAGUUUCUCUCGUCUUUUUAUACUUUUUGUCGCUUUCCUGUCAAUGGCAACUUUCUCAUUAGCAUCCUCUCCCGCCUCAUUCUGCAAAUGCACCUGCUUCUCCAACAGCACCAUAAUUCCUCUUGAUCCUGCGAAACCAGGGACCACCGCCCUAGCCAGCGUCUUCCAUAUCGAUCGUAGCGACCCCGGCGAUGAAUUUGACAAUACAAAUGAGAAAAGAGCCAGCAAAUAUCGCUCUUUAAGUUGCAACGAUUGUAAUCGAAAGUUCUGCCUUGAUUAUGACUUACCCACGUGUAAAAAUGCAAAGGAGGAGGAUGUCUUCACUACUUGCUUCCAGAGGGACUCCAGGAAAGAUGAAGCUAUAGUGUUCAUCUUUAUCAUUGCCACAAGCGGACUGCUAGCGUGGGCUGUUUUCAAACCAUGGGUAGAAAAGUAUAUCGAGGCAGCAAGAGAACGGCGAUCGUAUAUCCCUGUGUCGGAGAGUGCUGAUCGAUAAUGUUGUCAUACCUCUUUCCGAUACCUAUAACGAGUACUCGGUAGCUACCAUCUACAGGACACUUCAAGUCUCACUGUAUAUUCUAACUCUUAUUGUUACGAAGUUUAUGUCUCUUAUACCUAUCAAAAACGCUGUAUAGACUCGAAAUAGCUAUGCUAAUGGCUUCUGCAUUUAUAUUUCAUGAAAUAACAGCUUUUGUUAAAUAAAGCCAUGGCAUUCGUUGGGUGUGGCCUAUCAUGGGCCAUAACCCAAAGCUAGGCCUAGGGCUUGCGGUGCUAAUUUAUUAGGAUUUUAUGGUAUUGGA